AUGAGCAACGUAAUUUCGAUUGGAUUGGUAAGUGAGGAAUACAGGAACCGACUAACCGCCCCCACUUUUCAUCUUCAGUGCCUCGAUUCCCUCAACUACACGCCCUCCCGAGGCGGUCUUCUCUUCCAAUGCGCCGCCAUUCUCGGCUCGUUCGUCUCGAUGCUCCACUUUUGCCGAAAACACGUCAGACACUCGCCGGUGCACCUCAACUUCAAACUGCUCCUCGUGCUCUACUUCAUCAAAUGCUACGUGCAUGGAUUCGUUUUCCUGUCGGCCGCCGCCAACUACUAUUAUCGGCAGCUCAUUUCCGGCGACGGCGCCCCUGAACACGUGUUUGUGAGUCGCGAGUUCUACAAAUACGUUCAUUUGAUGUACGCGACGACUGUACACGCGGAUCCGACGAUCAAGGUGCGUGCGGGGGCAGUCGGCCGAUGCACCAUUCUCCUCGUUUUCAGGUUCUGCUAGUCAUCGAACGAACGUGGGCGACUUUCCGGGCGAGAAACUACGAAAAUGAGUCUUCGCGGUGUGUUCGAUGGCUUUUUGUCGUGUUUGUAAGCGAAAGAAAGCAGUUCGGAUUGAAAUAUGAGUUCAGGCAUUCAUCUACCCAACAUCUAUGACAUUGUUCGCCUAUUGGAACGCCGACUUCGAUAGUCCCGCCUGUUUUGCACUUUUCACACCGGACGGCACCAUGUUAGGGGUGAGCUUGGCGCCUAAUUUUCAGAAAAAUGACCCGGUUUUGACCCCACGACCCACUUUUUCCAGGUAAACGUCAUGUUCAUAAUACAGAUCGUCACAUCGGCUCUAUCGAUUGUCUAUGUCAAAUACCUCAUACGCCUAAACACGCGGAAACUGGAAAAGUGAGUGCGUUCGCUCGCAGCAGUCCUUCGAACUUUCGGCGUUUCAGUCAACAAUUCCACCUGACCACCCGCUACCAGCUGCACGAAAACCUGUCGUGUACGCAUUUUCUGUCGACGGUGCUCGUCAGCAGCUUCUCCGUCGCCCUCUUCUUCGGCGUGUCCACGUUGGCUCUGCGCGUGGGACCGUUCGACGGUUUUCGAAACAACCCGCCGUUUUUCGCGUUUCUCCGCAUGGCCAUCUAUGUGAGCGCUUUGAUAGUGGGUAGAUGAGCCGCAAAAUGUUUCAGCCGAUACCUCUGGCCGAUUUGCUUAUUCCGAUUUACUCGGGCAAUCAAAUGAAGAGGGAGCGAACUGUUAAAAUGAUUCAUUUGAAUGAGGCGAUCAAAAACUCGCCGGAAGUCUAUGAUAAAAUGUUGAAAGCACAAUGGGCUUGA